AUGGCCGAAGCACUAGGUGUAGCCGCGAGCGCAAUUGCAGUCAUUCAGAUCUCCAAAGAAGUAAUCAGCCUCUGCAAAUUUUACAUUGAAGCGCUGCGCUCCGAUGCACCUACCAGCUUACGCGCCGUUCUAAUCGAAGUGUCCACACUCAAGUCAGUUCUUGAGGGCUUGGAAUUUAUAUCGAAAUGCGGAACCUUCACACCCGCCUUACAGAAUCGACUGGCGGCUUCUGACGGCCCUAUUGAAGGAUCCAGAGUCGCGAUGACAGCGCUAGAGAAGCUGUUUCCGAAACAAGCUCUUCAGAACGGGCAAAAUGCUUCAAAACGGCAGAAAGUCCAAGCAGCAUUUGCAACAUUAGCAUGGCCUCUGAAGCAGGGCCAGGUACAGGAUCUUCUCCAGCAGAUCAGCCGCCAUAAAGAUGACAUUCAGCUCGUUCUGACGACAGAGGCUACUUGGAUGCUUCGCUCACAGUACUGGACUGACUGGCUGGCUUCAAGUAUUCGAUGCCUUUGGGUCCACGGUAUUCCAGGUUCUGGAAAGACCAUCCUCGCAUCAUGGUUGAUCCAAAACGUCCUAGAUCAUUGCAAGAGGGUGUCAACAGUGAGUUCGCCUUGUACGAGUGCUUACUAUUACUGUUACUUUGGCCAUCAUCAAGACGAGGCAGCGCCGUUUCUUAGAUGGAUCAUCACUCAGCUCUCCCGUCGGGCAGAAGUUGUUUCUACUCUAAUGCACGAUCUCUUCGGACGUGGUGGGGAACCGAGUAUUUCCGAACUACUCGACGCGCUAGAACAGAUCCUCCAGGUCUUUAACUGUGUGUACGUUGUGAUCGACGCUGUCGACGAGAGCAACCCGCGUGACGACCUACUUGAUGUUAUUCAGGCUCUCAUCACUGAUCGAAGGUUCCCUAAUCUUCAAAUCCUUGUCACGAGCCGCGAGUACAUCGAUAUAGAGCGAGUAAUGGAGAAAGUGUCUGUCUCCGUCCCAAUGUCAAAUAAACUGGUCGAACAGGAUAUUCGCCUUAAUAUCCAGUCAAUCCUACGAUCAAACACCAAGUUUCAAAGCUGGCCUGACGAUCUUCUCAUUGAGGUUGAAGACGCUGUUAGUACUCAGGCAAAGGGAAUGUUUCGGUGGGCUGUUUGUCAACUACAUGAGCUGCAACGCUUGAAGGGCGAUCGUGAUGUCGUCAGCAAGGCCCUGGAAAGACUUCCUAAAGAUCUAGAUGAGACUUAUGACCGAAUAUUCCUUCGGAUACCACAUGAGGAUUGGCAAUUUGUUUCUCAUGCUUUCCGAUGGCUUUGGUUUUAUGGCGAACUCGACCCUCCCAGCAAUGGUACUCCAUCUGUUCUUCUGUUGGAUGCAAUCGAAUGCAGUACCUCGCGGACCGCUCAGAAAGGUUACGGGAGCUUUGUGGAUGUCUUGUUAGCAGUCUGA